CGCUCACUUUAUUGCUAUCAAAUGUCUUCUUCUCCAUUCCAUUCUCACUCUCUCUUCCCAUUUCCAUGCAAAUUCCAAACCCAACUCUCUAACACCCGACCCGACGACCCUCCCGACCCGACUUGGAAGAUGGAUCUCUCAGACAUAGCAAAGAAACUGGACCUCUCUGACUCCAAGUACUUGACCCGGAAAGCCGCCGAGCUCCGCCGCCUCUGCGACGUCCAGUUCGACUCUUCCAUCAUCGGCGUCGGUGAGGUUUGUAAAGCUAUAAUCUGCUUAGAAAUCGUUGCUACGAGGCAUGGUACUUUGUUUGAUCGGCAAAGCGCUAUAAAGCUGAGUGGCAUGUCGGAGAAAGCUUACAACAGGUCCUUCAAUUUGUUGCAGAACGGUCUCGGUGUCAAGAACAACUUGGAUGUGAGAGAAUUGGCGAUUCAGUUUGGGUGCGUGAGGCUCAUACCUAUUGUGAACAAGGGUUUCUCUCUAUAUAGGAACAGAUUUCUUGCAUCGCUGCCAGCUUCUCGUCGUGCAAGUGCUGACUUCACUCGCCCUGUGUUUAUUGCUGUAGCAUUCUAUUUGUGUGCUAAAAAGCACAAGCUCAAGGUAGACAAGCUUAAGUUGAUUGAGCUCUGUGGUGCAUCUGAAACUGAAUUCUCUAGUGUUUCUACUUCCAUGAAGGAUUUGUGCCAUGAUGUUGUGGGAAUUGAGGAGAAGAAAGACCCUAGAGAUGUAAAGGGAAAUCGAGAACUUUUGGAUGUAUUACCUGAGAAACGAAAAAUUGAGGAUGGUGGUUAUUUAUCGGAUGAUGGACCAGAGGUUUCAAGUUACAAGAAGCGCAAAAGAACAGAAAAGCAUGCUUAUGAGAAGUGGAAAUCUUCUGUCAUUGAAUCUAAUGACAAAAACAAGGCAAAAGUUCCUUGCAAGCGAACCAAGCAAACUUGCCUCAACUUUCCCAAGGAAGUUUCAGAGACACAGGAGUUGGAGGCUAUGUAAGAGACACCAAUGUUGUCAUACUGAUUUAUUUUGGGUUUACUAUGCUGGAAGUUCAUGGGACCAAGAGAUGAAGAUUUAACAUUUUUGGUCAAUGUUACCUAAACAAGUGUUGAGCCUUGUUGGUUGGUUCAUUGUAUUGUAAUGCAGUUUCAUAUGCUGCAUGGAUCAUGAAAAAAAAAAAAAAAAUUGGCUUGCAUACAAUUUU